UUAACAUCAAACUAUUUUCUGACAAUAGGAGUUUAUCAAGGAGCAUCAAAAUUUAACAAUGAUUUUACCACAUUUUUCAGUGGCUCUUUUUGCUCUCUCUGUCCUGCGUGUUGGUGCUCUGGAUACUUUUAUUUCUGCAGUGUAUGAGCAUGCUGUUAUAUUGCCAAACAGAACAGAGACAGCUGUUUCGAAAGGAGAGGCUUUGCUGUUGAUGAACAAGAAUAUAGAUGUUUUGGAGAAAGCGAUUAAAUUGGCAGCCAGACGGGGCGCCCAAAUCAUUGUGACUCCAGAAGAUGGGAUUUAUGGCUGGGACUUCACACGGGAGACCAUUUAUCCCUAUCUGGAGGACAUUCCAGACCCUGAAGUGAACUGGAUCCCUUGUAGAGACCCCAAGAGGUUUGGCUAUAACCCUGUGCAAGAAAGGCUCAGCUGCCUGGCUAAAGACAACUCCAUUUAUGUCAUGGCAAAUAUUGGGGACAAGAAAUCAUGCAAUACCAGCGACCCUCAGUGCCCCCCUGAUGGCCAUUACCAAUACAACACCAAUGUGGUGUUUGAUUCUCAGGGCAGACUGGUGGCACGCUACCAUAAGUACAAUCUUUUUGAACCUGAAAUUCAAUUCGACUUCCCCAAGGAUUCAGAAACUGUGACUUUUGACACACCCUUUGGGAAAUUUGGCAUCUUCACUUGCUUUGACAUAUUUUCUUAUGACCCAGCUGUGUUGGUUGUGGAUGAGUUUCAAGUUGAUAGUGUUCUCUUCCCUACAGCGUGGUACAACACGCUGCCCCUCCUCUCAGCUGUACCCUUCCAUUCUGCAUGGGCCAGAGCCAUGAGAGUCAAUCUUCUUGCUGCAAAUACCCACAACACCAGUAUGCACAUGACAGGGAGUGGAAUCUACUCACCAGAAGGAGUCAUGGUGUAUCACUAUGACAUGGAAACAGAGAGUGGGCAGCUUCUACUCUCAGAAUUGAAGUCCAGACCUCGAAGUGGACCUACCUACCCUGUGACUGUUGAUUGGAGUGCUUAUGCCAAAAGUGUCAUGCCACCCUCAUCCAAACAGUCAGAUUUUAUGGGUAGGAUUUAUUUUGAUGAAUUCACCUUCAUAGAACUGAAGAAAAACACAGGAGAAUAUACAGUAUGUCAGAAAACCCUCUGUUGCCAUUUGACUUACAAGAUGUCUGAGAAACGAAGAGAUGAAGUGUAUGUACUAGGUGUUUUUGAUGGACUGCAUACAGUAGAAGGCCAAUAUUACUUACAGAUAUGUACCUUGCUGAAGUGUCAAACUACUGACCCAAGUACUUGUGGGGAGCCAGUGGGGUCAGCUUUUACCAAGUUUGAAGAAUUCUCCCUUAGUGGCACAUUUGGAACCAGUUAUGUUUUCCCACAGAUCAUUCUAAGUGGAAGUCAGCUCGCCCCUGAAAGACAUUAUGAGGUUUUAAGAGAUGGACGUCUGAAGAGCCGGAAUGGAGUCCCUUUGCCUGUCUUGGUUAUGGCCCUCUAUGGAAGAGUGUUUGAGAAGGACCCUCCACGUUUAGGGCAGGGGCCUUGGAAAUUGCAGUGAUUCCCUUUACUGUUACUUUUUCUCCCCCACAGUUAACCUGGUAAAGAAUGGGAGAAAAUAAAAAGGCUACAGUGUCUGUUUAGAGAGGUGUCAUUUGUUGCUGAAGCAAGAAAUUUAAAAUAUAAUAGACAAAUAACAGAUGUAUGUGUACAUCUUACAGUUUUCAUAUUUGAUUUAUGUAUUGGAUUAGGCUUACAUAUUUGAUCAUUAAUGAGUAUGAUAUCCAUCUUCUACAUUAAGCUCAUUUACAUAUGUAUGAGUAUGUCUAUGUAUAGUGGAAUACAUAUUUGGGAGAAGGACUGGAGUAAUCCCUUUAUAUACUUUUUGUAAGAACUAUGAUAUUUCCAAGUGUUGCUCCCACUUGUAAAUGCACAGGUCAGCCAUUGACUGCACAGAAGGUAUCUGACUCUAAUAAAUUAAGUUGCAAAAAGUCAAA